UGUGAAUUAGUACUCAGUCGUAACAGCCCUGUGCGAUUAUUUAUUCUAAACUAACAAUAACUCUGUGUCAGAGAGAAAAAAGAAUUCACGUGCUGAUUUACAAAAUUUAAAGAAACCCCCAGUAGAUUGUUCACUUUUCUACAUAAACCGAAAAGAUAAAAUAUAAAAAACUUGUGCGGAGGCAAAAUGGAUCAAGAUCUAGAAAUGGAAGUUGUUGAACCGGAGGAUGCUGAAAGUGAUGAAGAAGACCCGCAUGAAGACCAAGAUCAAGACAAAGAUCAAAAAGUUUAUCUUCCCGGAUUACCUUUGGAAGCCGACGAAGAGUUGGUUUGUGAUGAAUCCGCAUAUGUAAUGUUACAUCAAGCGUCUACUGGCGCGCCUUGCCUUAGCUUCGAUAUUAUAUCUGAUGAAUUAGGAGAAGAAAGGGAACGGUAUCCCUUAACUGCCUACAUAGUCGCUGGAACACAAGCUGCGCGGACACAUGUUAAUAAUUUAAUUGUAAUGAAAAUGCAUAACUUGCAUAAAACGCAAGAAAAACCUAAUGGUGAAGACAAUGAUGACGAAGAAUUGGAGGACGAUGAAGACGAUCUGACGAAUAAGGAAGAACUGAAGAAACCCCAGAUGUCAUGUGCUCUUAUUAAGCAUCAAGGUUGCGUGAAUCGCGUGAGAGCCCGCCGAUUAGGGAAUACGAUAUAUGCCGCUAGUUGGAGUGAAUUAGGUCGUGUUAAUAUUUGGAAUUUAUCAAAACAAUUGCAGGCAAUUGAAGAUAUACAACUUUUGAAACAAUACGAACGCGAUGUUGCAAAUGACCCAGUACAUCCGAUUUUCUCCUUCAGUGGUCAUCAGCAGGAAGGUUUUGCUAUAGAUUGGAGCCCUUGCGUUGACGGUGUUCUAGCGACUGGUGACUGCAGACGAGAUUUACACAUUUGGUCACCUUUAGAGGGUGGCACAUGGAAAGUGGAUCAGCGUCCCUUAAUUGGUCAUACCGCUUCUAUUGAGGAUUUACAAUGGAGCCCUAACGAACGUAGUGUUUUAGCGUCAUGUUCAGUAGAUAAAUCUAUACGUAUUUGGGAUUGCCGUGCCGCGCCACAAAAAGCUUGCAUGCUGACCUGCGACAAUGCCCAUGAAAGUGAUAUCAAUGUAAUUUCCUGGAAUAAUUCAGAACCUUUCAUAGCUAGUGGCGGCGACGAUGGCUUCCUCCAUAUUUGGGAUUUAAGGCAAUUUAAGAGCAAAAAACCUGUUGCUACUUUUAAACAUCAUACCAACCAUAUUACUACAGUUGAAUGGAAUCCUAAAGAUAGUACGGUAUUGGCUUCGGGCGGUGAUGAUGAUCAAAUUGCUCUUUGGGAUUUGGCUGUGGAAAAAGAUGACGAAACAACGCCGGCACAAAAUCAAAAUAAUAACGAUUUAGAGAAUCUACCACCGCAAUUAUUGUUCAUACAUCAGGGGCAGAAAGAGAUUAAGGAAUUGCAUUGGCAUCCUCAAUUGCCAGGGGUAAUAUUAUCAACAGCUCACAGUGGUUUCAAUAUAUUCCGAACGAUAAGCGUAUGAAAUGAUUAUUAAAAUAAAAUAAAAAAUGAAAUUUACAGUUA